UCACCGACGACGCGACCGAUGGCGGUGGUUGACGCUAUCAUGUGCGGCAUCGUGCCGCUGCGAUGGCGCGGUGCGCAGUACUUGUUUGAUCUUAAGGUCUGGCUCUGGCUCCGCGUCGAUGAACUGGAGACUACGGACAAGCCGUCGCCCAUUCUGCCGUUCGGCGCACCGACCCUGCCCACCCUACCAACCAAGCCAAAUUUGGACAGGCUGACCUUACUUGGUAUCACUCUCUGGAGUAACGCUGCCUACUUGAGCGUCUUGGAGACGGCGCUGGCCAACGACUAUGGCUGGGCCGGCUUCAACGCUACUGGUAUGCACGCCUUCCUUGCUAAUACGUUCAACCGCCAGCUCCUCACGUCCAGUGACGCUUCGAUUGCACUGCACGACCCAGCGUUUGGGGACCCACUGCAGUCAUACAACUCGUCGGCCACCUCCGUUGCGUGGUAUCCCACGGUGGCGCGCCGGUACCUCUUCAAUGCGUCGGCGCCGUUGCAAGAGCUAGUGGCUGGUCUCCGGGCCAUGCAUCCGUGUCAAAUGCCGUGGAUGUUUACGCAGUACUGCUGGCUUGACCUAGAUCGGACGUGGGAGAUGGCCAGCACGAGCCAGCGACAGGCUCGGUGCGCAGCUCUCAGCCAGCACAACGGAGCCCGGUACCUCGAGACGAGUCUGCGCAACCUACAAGACUGGACGGUAUGGCGAUCGUGCUGGGGCACCUCGUUCGACAUUGGUAUGGGCAACGACUUGGCAGCGUCCGUACAAGGUCGUCAGUGGCUGCAGCAUGUCCAGUCAAAUACUCUGUCCGUACCAGAAGAAGUCGAGUACUGGGCGAGCCAUGACAUCUCGGUAUUCUUGUUGCAGUGGCAAAACUUCAAAGACACGGGUCUCAGUGAUUCGAUGGUCAUCUCGACGCCGUUCGGUCUCUCGUACAGUCUGCCGAUCAGUGAGCGCCGAGGCAUCGUGCACCUCGACUACCAGACGUCGCAUCGUAUGUACUGGGGACUCGCGAGCGACCUCUGGGCCGUGAGCAAUAAUGCGACCAGCGUCGGUGGCUUGUCGCUCUUGCGCAACAGUCCCCACUUUGCCUUUGCGAAUGCGACACGCGCGAGUUUGCUCUUUGAAAACCUGACGCUCUCAUCGCCGCUGAACGCUGGUUUGGCACUCUAUGACACAUGUUUGGGACCAUUUGGCGCUGUCGACAUGGUGUACGUAAGCUGUCCAGCGUCGCUGCUUGCGCUCUACCGCUACGUUCUGCAAACGAUCGCAACUGCAACUAGCACCAACCUUGAAGCGCAGAAGCAAUUUCUCAAUCUGCCGGCCAAGACAUACAUUGGUCAGCUGCCGCAGGCUCUGCUCAAUGACACAAGCGUGCGCCUCAUGGGGGGUAACCUCAUGUGCGGCAGCGACCUGCCGGAAACCACACCAUCAAACGCACUACUGACGCUCUAUGCGAUCGACACGGUAUGCGGCUGGCGGUACCGGGACUUCUUUACACCAUCCACGACCGGUCUUGUCUUUGCCCUCGCGGCCUUUGACGCCCUACAUCAAAUCCAGCCAAAGCUCGACUUCGCCGCUUUUUGUGCAAGUGAUCUAUACGCCGAGCCCAACUGCGAGGCCAUCUACAACGCCAACGCUCCAAGCAUUGGCAAUUGCAGCCGAGACCGACACCCGAUCUCUCUCUAUCGAGACGACCCAGUACGUCAACCGUAG